AUGGAUAGCUCAAUAAUUAUUGAGGAUUAUUUCACAUUUCCUCAGAGUUCACAUAAAGAAAAUUCCUUAAGAACAUCAACACCGUCUAAGAUAACCAAUCUUAUAAACACAGGCAAUGAAUUUGCCUGGAAAGGCUCUACAGAAAAGCUUAAAAAUCUUUGUACAAACCGACCUAAAUCUUCAAGGCAAGUGGACUUAAGUAAGAAGUAAAGCUCUUUACUAGCAAGAAUUAUGUAAUAAAAUGGUAUGGAAGAAAUAAGAGGAUCGUGCUUCUUAAAGAUAACAAGGAACAAAGCCUCGCCGAGAAAUUUAAAACUUUUGCCACAUUGAUCGAAGGCGAAUUCAAAGGUCAUAGCGACGAGCAACACGCGGAAGCCGAAGAUACAUUGGGUAUGGACAAAACUGGUGAGAACAUAUCGACUAAAAAGACAUCUAUACCUACACAUGCCACAGAAUACCGGGAAGACUUAGAUAAUUCAGAAAUCGAGAUGAAAUCGACUAAAUACGGUUGCGAUUCUGGUAAAAUUAUAAAUUCACAAUGCCACUGCAGUGAGUUAGCGGUUCAAUUCAAGCGUAUCGAACAUGACUUAAAACUAUUGAAAAAUCGAAUUGAAGUUCGCAAAGCUGAUGAAACUGCUUUGAUAUGUAGGACUGCCACAUGCCGAAGCGAAAAGAGUUAUCUAAAAAGUGAGUUAGAAGUGGCCAAUUCUAAAAUAAUAGAUCUCCAAGCGAAAAUAAAACAUCUCGAAAAUAAAAAAUCUAGCUUGACAACGGCAAUAAGAAUAAUACAGGAAGACAACUCUCUGCGGUCAAAUGUAAAUACUGAGGAUGAUCAAGGGGGAAACCAGUGGGUCGAAUUAAAUAAAAAGAAAAAGAAACGUAAACACGAUCAGACUCACAAACUACAAGAAAUACCAACAAUUGCUACGCAGGAAAAUUGUCCUCUCGAGACAACCUGUGCUGAUGAGUCAAAUGCUACUGUUAAAAAAAUGAGCAGGCAAGGGAGAAAAGAUGGAUAUCCGAACACUCAAGGGAAUCAUCAAAAUCCUGUUAAAGUAAUAAUAGCAGGCGAUUCCAUGAUAAAGCACAUCAAUGGAUACAAGAUGUCAAAGUCUAACACAAGAGUUCAAGUCUCGACCUUCCCUGGAUGUACCACACUAGACAUGGAUGACUAUGCUAAGCCAGUAUUAAGAAAAAAACCUGACAAAUUGAUUCUACACGUCGGCACAAAUAGCCUGAAGGGUCGUGAGAAUUCCACUCAUUGCGCAGAAGAAAAUAAAGAGAUCAAUCCCGGAGACGGAGCUAGUCGUGUCUGGCCUUGUCACGCGUUCAGAUGACGAAAUGCUAACACGUAAAGUCAAUGAAGUCAACGCAGCGCUGAAGGAAUCUUGUAUUCAGAAACAUUGGAAAUUCAUCGACCACACUAACAUUACAAUUAACCAAUUAAACCAGAGUAGAAUCCACCUCAAAAAAUGGGAUCAAGUAUGAUGGCACGAAAUUUUACAAACUAUAUUUACGAUAGGAAUUGUUAGGAUACAGCCAUGUGGGAGUCCGUAAGUAAUAAUGCUGACGAACAAUCUAGAUUAGAUGAAGAAAUGCCAACAAAAGUGGGUGACUUAAACAAACCAAGUUAUUCUAAUAGAAAUAGCCUACCAUAUAUAAACGUAGACAAAAUACCAUCUCAUCAUGGUAUGGCUUGUUUGAAUAUUAAUAGUCUCUUAUCCCAUAUUGAUGAAUUACGAAUAUUUACAAGUAGCACUAAAAUAGACAUAUUAUGUAUAAACGAAACCAAGCUUGAUUCCACAAUUACCAAUCAGGAGGUCUGUCUACCAGGUUUUGAAAUUGUUCGAAGAGACCGAAGUGUAAAUGGCUGUUAUGGUGGCGGCGUUUGCAUUUAUAUUCGGUCUAACAUUAAUUAUAAAAUAAGACAUAUUUACAUUUGGAAACUCUCGAAAAUUUGAUAGUAGAAGUAAAAAAACCAAGAUCAAAAUCUAUUUUGGUUAGUACUUGGUGCAGACCACCUGACUCUCCUGCGAGUCAUUUCGGUGAUUUUGAAAAAAUGAUCGGUUCAUUUGAUGCGGAGAAUUUAGAGUAUUUCCUGCUUGGUGACCUAAAUGUAGAUCUCUUGCCAACAACCAGAUCACUGAACAGUAAUAAAUUGACCGACAUAUUAGAUAUCUAUGGCAUAGAGCAGUUGAUAAAUGAAUCUACCAGAAUUACUGCUACAACUAGUACUCUAAUUGAUCUUUGUCUUACUAAUACACCCUCUAAUAUUGCAAAAUUGGGUGUCGUACAUUUAUCAAUUAGUGACCAUUCAUUAGUCUAUGAGCGCGGCGAGCCGUGACGAGCAGACGUGUGCUUUUCUGCUCCGCUGUAUUUGUAUUAUUUGUAUUCGUUUGAUAAGAAAUAUGCCACCAAAAAAGAGAAAUAUUGCUACUGAGAAGACUGCUUCAAGAAUUGAAGACAAAUCUGAUGUUAUUGCAGAAGAUUCCCAUACAAGUGAUCAAAAUGAUGAAGUACGAAGUGAUCUUGAAUCGUUUCUUGAUAGACGCCUACAACAACAGACUAAAUCAAUUAAUGAAAUGUUCGAAAAGUUUACAACUUCUACUAAAUCGGAUUUGGAUGAUAUUAAAGCCAGUCAAGAAUUCAUUAGCUCUAAGUUUGAUGAGCUAGCUAAUUCAGUUGAUAUCUUGAAGGCUGAAAAUCAUGAGUUACGUUCACAAAACGAGUCAUUUAAGAAGAGAAUUGAUAACCUUGAGGGUUAUGUUACAACACUUGACGUCGAUUUGGAAAGCCUCGGAGAAUAUACUCGAAGAGAUAUGCUUGAAAUACAUGGAGUCCCAAUUUCGACUGGCGAAAAUACAAACGAAAUUAUUAUUGCAAUUGGACAAUUGUUAGGUGUGAACAUUAAAGAGUCGGAUAUUUCUAUAAGUCACCGACUAUCGGCAAGAGAAGGGUUCAUUGCUCCAAUAAUUGUCAAGUUCUCAAGACGAGAUAUUCGUAAUGCGAUGCUGAGUAAAAAAAGCAAUCUACGGAAUAAAUCCUCGCUUGAUUUGGGUUUGAAUGAAGUCGUCAAAAUUUAUUUAAAUGAAAGCCUGACACAAAGGGGUAGGUCACUGCUCCGAGCAGUGAGAGCAUUCAAGCGAGACUUUAACUUUAAAUUUGUUUGGACAGCUAAUGGAAAGGUAUUUUUAAGGAAAAAUAAUAGCCAGGAAUCUAGAGUUUAUUCAUUUUCCUCAAUUAAAGAAUUUGACGAAUUUAAACUGGACACUAGGAAUUAGUAUUUACCUACACCAGUUAUGUGACUUCUGUUGUGUGUCAAAUAAUUACUUAACUUCGAUUCUUACUGCCGUGUAUUACCCUUUUAUAGUCUUAAUGAUGAAGAAUUUGAUCAUAUGAUUUAUGAAUUACAGAAUGGCCCUGUUAGUUACGAUGAAAACAGACUUUCAAAUUUGAUUUUUAAUCCGUUAAAUACUUCGUUUAAUAAGACUAUUGAUCAGUUUACAAUCGGUAGUGGUUUGGAUCCAGAUUUCAAUUACUAUUCAGGCGCUCACAACUGUGAUUACUAUACUGAGGAUGGGUUUAGUGCAAAAUUGCGUUCUCAAG